GGCGCGAGGCAUGCUGGGACUGGGAUCCGAGGCCCUUCCGGCGGAGCCAUGCCUGGCCCGGCGGCGCUUUGCUCCGGCUGCGGGGUCCGUCGGGCGUCGCUGCGUCGCCCCAGGAGCGGCGAGGCCCUGUGCCGCGAGUGCUUCGUGGCGGCCUUCGAGGCGGAGGCGCACGUCGGGAUCGCGUCGGCGCGGCUCUUCGAGUCGGGCGAGACGGUGGCCAUCGCGGCUUCGGGCGGCAAGGACUCGACGGUGCUGGCUCACCUGCUGCGGGUGCUGAACGAGCGCCACGGCUACGGCCUCCGCCUCCUGCUCCUCUCCGUCGACGAAGGCAUCGCCGGCUACCGGGACGAGUCCCUGGCCGCCGUGCGACGCAACCAAGCCCGGCUGGGGCUCCCGCUCCACGUCGUCUCCUACCAGCAGCUCUACGGCUGGAGCAUGGACUGCAUCGCCAGGCACCUCGGCCCCAGGAACCACUGCACCUUCUGCGGCGUCUUCCGAAGGCAGGCCCUCGACCGCGGAGCCGCCUUCGUCGGGGCAGACAAGAUCGCCACGGGUCACAAUGCAGACGAUGUUGCUGAGACUGUGCUGAUGAAUUUCCUGCGGGGGGAUGUAGGACGGCUCCGGCGCUGCACAGAGAUCCUGACAGGUAGUGAGGGGACACUGCCACGCUGCAAGCCAUUGAAGCAUGCCUAUGAAAAGGAGAUUGUACUCUAUGCGUAUUUCCAGGGCUUGGACUACUUCAGCACUGAAUGCAUUUAUGCCCCCAACGCUUACCGUGGCCAUGCCCGGAACUUGCUCAAAGACCUGGAGGCCACACGUUCCAGCACAGUGGCUGAUUUGGUGCACUCGGGUGAGCGACUGGCCAUCCGUGAGGACGUUCGCAUGCCCAUCCAGGGCACUUGCCAGCGCUGUGGCUAUCUUUGCAGCCAGCCCCUCUGUAAAGCUUGUGUGCUCCUUGAAGGACUCAAUCGAGGUCUUCCCAGGUUGGGUAUUGGCAAGCCUAGCUACCUCCAGAAGGCUUUGUUAGUGUGUGAGAAGAAAGCAGAAGUCAGCUUACAACAAGAAGAAGGCGCUCGGCAGAGAAGCCAAGACCCAAACACAAUAGAUUUCUGAGCCUGACUUCUGUAUAGCCUUUCCUGCUGAGAAAGGCUUGUAUUCUCUUGGAAGGUAAACAGUUGCCUGUUUGAUGGCUGUAUUGAUUAAUUGUGUAGAUCAGGGAUGGGGGAAUCUGUCCUUCCAGCCAUUGUUGGACUGCAUCUCCCAUCAAUGUCUGCUGGCAUUGACAUUGGUGAGGGAUUCUGGGAGUUAUUAUCCAACAGUAUCUGGAGGGACAUGCUCUAGAUCAGUGGUUCCCAACCUUCCUAAUGCCGCGACCCCUUAAUACAGUUCCUCAUGUUGUAGUGACCCAAACC